UACAGUCGCUACAUCCUCCACGAGGCAGAAGCUCUGGCUUUUGUGCAGCAAAACACGUCAAUACCACUCCCUCGCGUAUUGGACUCCUGGGAAGACGACGAUAAGUCGCAAGAGAAAGCGUACUUGCUCAUGGAAUUCGUUCAAGGGGACACCCUCAGGCACGCGUGGCCUACGAUGACACAGGAAGCCCGGAACUAUGCUAUCGCACAGCUCCGAGCGUACGUGGCGGAGCUCAGGUCGCUGCGGCAGCCCGGGCCGCCUUGGAUCGGGUCGUGCUCGCGCGGUCCCGGUGUCGAUCAUCGCAUCCAAACCACAGACGGGACGUUCCCCUGCCUGCCCUCUGUUGCCGCGUUUCAUGAUUUCCUUCUCCGACGUCUCUGUAAGCGGGCCCCGCCAGAGAGGUAUCAAGCCCAUAGGUGCAAGUACAAGGACGAUUAUCCUAUCGUCUUCAGCCAUGCGGACUUCCAUCCGGGCAACAUCCUUGUCGAUCCCAGUACCGGAAAAGUGAAUGCUAUCAUCGACUGGGAGAUGGCGGGAUGGUGGCCGGCGUACUGGGAGUACAGGAAGGCGUUGUACGGAAUAAAUGUGGAGGAUCCCGAAUGGCUCAAGAUCAUACCGCAGAUCAUGGAUGAGUACCCCGACGAGCUCGCGGUAGAU